AACCUGAACACCAACAGAUCAAAUCCAUAGGUUUCGUUUGAAUACGAUGACUGGUUGAAAGAAAUGGCAUGCUCCAAUUGCAGGCAAUCGAAGGUGCGGUGUGAUUCUGCCGGUGAUGGCAAGUCCUGCUCGAGAUGCAACCGUCUCCAAUCGAAAUGCGAAACGGUAGCCGGUUUCAGGAGAGUGAGCCGGGUUCAGAAAGUUGCCGAGUUGGAACGUCAAGUGCAGCAUCUGGCAACCAUUGUAGCGCAGCAGCACAGUGAACGCACGACAACACCGGCGGCCGCGGACAGGCCGACAUCGCUGCCGGCCCCAACGCCCCAGCUGUUAUCAGCAACUUCCGUACGGUCAGAACCACCCAACGGGCCUUCACCGCAAUCGCUUUUGACCUCGCUUCCGGCGCCCGCAAUAGCACGGUCCAUCGAAGGGAUCGAAAUCAGCUCCGAGCGUAUUCAUUCGUUCUUCCAGACGUUCUUCACGUUCUACCAUCCCUUUCUCCCCUUUCUUGAUCCGUCGUUCUCCGCGGACGCCUACUAUGCAUUGUCGCAACCUCUGUUCUGGGCAAUUAUUGCCGUCGCAGCUCAACGAGACCAGACUACGCCCUCCAUCAUCACCUCAAUCGCACCGCAUGUGGUCAACCUCGCAUGGAAUACAUGUAUGAGCCCUUCUCCGCCGACAUGCGCCAAUAUCCAGGCUUUGCUGUUGUUGAAUCUCUGGCCAUACUGGCCGUACAGACCGUGGAAGGAACAUGCCUAUCUGUUUGCGAAUGUAGCUAUCAACUGUGCCAUACGAAUUGGACUUCACCGACCAGGCAAUCCGGGAGACUUUAGAAGGAUGGGGAAUGAGGUGAUCGGUGGGGCAGAUUUCGGUGAAAGGUUACGGACAUGGGUGGCAUGUAACAUUGUCGGUGAACUCGUCGCGUCUGAUCUCGGCCAUCCUCCCUUGACAUCCCUUUUCGAUUGGACAGUUCAACGUGUCUGUACGCCUGCUUCGCCUGAAGCGUCACUCAUUCCUAGAGAUAUAAGGCACAUGCUCUUGAUUAUGCGUUUCAGUAACCGCGUAUCAAAGACAAUGUUCAGCAACCUUGCGGAUCCUUUCGGUUUUCCUUGCGAAACCGAAUGGCCGGCGUUGAUGAACCUACUCGAAGACGAAGCGCAUAAUCUGGAGGCAACAUUGAAGGAGGAACCUCUUUCGCAUUGGACAAGGAUCAUCUUUCAUAGCGCGCGAUUGUAUCUUCAUGCGUUCAGCCUUCUUUCUCCUCCAUCCUCGCCUCGCAGGACCGAGGCUCUGUUGAAAGCUCAUGCCGCAGCAGCACAGUAUAUCUCCACAGGUAUCACUAUGACUACGGAUAGCAAUCCGAUGAUAGAGCCUAUGCUCUGUGCGCCGAUGACAGUUCUCCGACGUGCGUCCGUCGCAUCCUGUAUAUUGCUGCGUGUUCAUUCUUCAAAGCUCGAAAGAUACGUCGAUGCCACGGCAGGUGAACUCUUCAACACUGCGUCGCAGAUCGUCCGUCGAUGUUCGUUUAAGUCGGGAGACGAUCUGACCCGCCAUGUGGAUAUGGUUGCACAACUCUGGCGGAAGCGUAUUCCGUCGUCCACCGAAGCCAAUGGCGAGAGCCCAGUGGGGAGAAGACUUGCGCAGUACGAUGACGAAGACAUCGUAAUGAGAGUCAGGGGAAGAGGAGCAGUUAGUGUGAUGUUCGAUUGCCUCGCCUUGUGGAGGGACGAUAUCAGGGAACAGCAGCGGACGUCUGAAGUUGCGCAGCUGCCUACGGAGCCGCGUGAAGACUAUAUAGCCACAGGAGCGUCGACGUCGGACAUGGAGACUGCGGAGCAGCUUUUAUCGAUGGGUAGCACGGCAGCACAUGCAAAUACGGUUGGGAUGGUAGGUAUGGAUGAUUGGCUAUGGGAUCUGGAUUUCGACUUUGGUUUCGGAGAUUUUACGAAUAUGGCGCACAAUGGAGGAUCGCUUUGA